AUGGAAGAGAAUCAAACAUCGGAAAGUGUCGCCGUGUUACCGGACAUGUCCGAAUCAUUAACGAGCGAAACCGAGGAGUCGUCUGGACUAACGACUGAACACGAAGCCCAUCCGGUUGCUGUUGCAUCUGUUCAAGGUGUAUCAACUGUCCAAGGGGUACCAGUAUCGUUACCGGUUGGAUCUAUUAUUGGCGUCGCAAAUGCCAGCAAUGGCACUUUCAAUGUCAUCACCACAGACCAGUUUCAGCAAUUGUCGAACUCAGGCCAGUUCAAGCUAUGCGUUGAUAACGGGUUCCUGUGCGAGCCUCGGCAUGAGAAGGAAGCUGAUCCUUUGCGCUGGAACAACGAGAUUAAAGCAACUCACAUCGUCAUUCAGAACAACGCCGAGGAAUCUGAAAAUGAGCAGUUACAAGUUGCCGCCAGUAAUUCUCAAACUCUCUGUAGCUGGACUGAAGCAGCGAACAUGGCAGUUUUACCGAUAAGAUGUAAAACAACAAACGCUGAGCUGCAUAAAAGUAGAUUUGGCUCUGGUGGUAGAGGAAAAUGCAUCAAAGUCGGGGAUGAGUGGAUGACACCCAGCGAAUUUGAAAAUCGCAGCGGGAGAGCAUCGAGUAAAGAUUGGAAAAGAAGCAUUAGGUUUGGUGGCCGUAGCCUCCAGACUUUGAUUGAAGAAAAUAUUUUAAAACCACAUGCUACAUCUUGUACCUGCGCUGCUUGUUGUGAUGAUGAUACUGCAAGCGGACCAGUUCGUCUUUUCACUCCGUAUAAACGCCGCAGAAGGGCGCGAGAUAUAUCUGACGGUGAGACACCCUCAAGAAAAAUAAAAAGCGACAAUUCACGUGACUGUAGUAAUAAUGAAGAGAGCGAUAACGAUGUUGGGGUGUCAGAAAAAGAAAUUUGGCCGCAAUAUGUAUCGGCAGAAGGCCUUGUAGUUCAUCAAUCACAAGACCAAGAACAAGUUUUGCAAACCGUUAAUGUCGAUCACGAACAAACGGAUGAGUUAUUUAAAAAAUUAGAUGACAUGGCCAAUACCAUGGUGAAGUUAGCCUAUGACUUUAGAAGGACUGUAGAAGAAGCCAAAGAACUGAGUCAUCAGCAAAGACGCGAACAAGCUUUAGUUGCUCAACUUAAUAGUACUAGGGGUGAUGUUAUUGAAGCAGUUGGCUUACAGCCAGCAUCUAAUUCUCAUAAUAAAAAGUGUGCCAAUUGUGACAGACCGGCGAUGGCUGAAUGCUCAAUUUGCAGGCGUACGCCAUACUGUUCAAUAUUUUGUCAGCGUAAAGAUUGGGCUGGUCAUCAGGUCGAGUGCGUUAGGGGAGCUGAGACCAAGGCUUUGGAAUUCUCUCACGUAGAAUUUCGUUUGUCUCGUAAAUAUUUACAAUUCCUUGUUUACUUCCAGUGGCUAAAAAUUGUCCACUCGGCGAUACUGCAAUUGACGUACCAGAUAUACAACCAUCAUCAAUAG